AAUUGCCAAUUUUCUCGUUUCAUUCCUCCUCGGGUGGCCCGUCAUCGCGUUCACCCUAGUUCUUUCUUUCCUGGCAGCGACAACUGCGCAGCGGCGCCGCCACCGGACGUCAGAUCUCCGUUGGGUGUUUGAUGGCGAUGAGCACCUGUCAGGUGCUGUGGUUCAGAUCUUAUGCAUAUCACUUUUGAAGAAAAAAAUAGAAAUGCUAAAUGCCUUAUUCACAGCGGUGGGAAUUUGGAAAGUGUAUUUGUGCUGCUUCACUGCACUUGAUUUGGCCAAGAAACAAAUUUCCUGGAUUCAAUGAAAUUCAUUAACCACUUUGAUUGGCAGUAUUCUUUGGUUCUAAUAUUAUGCUAACUCCAUGGCUCAGUUAAGGUUCCAACUAAACUAGCACAAACGCUUUAAGAAUUUUUGGUUUACUAUAUUUUUUGUUAGUACUGAAGCUGUACUUAGGAGAUGGUAUAUCAUGUUCAACCAAUUCCAAGCAUGAAUGAGUAUUAAUAUACUGUGGUAUCAAGAAACCACAGUUUUUUUUUUUGAGAACGCGCAGGAGAACUGCGUAUCUUAUAUAUUAAAGAGGAAAGGAAACAUUACAAAAGAGGAGAUGUUGCAGAGCAAAUCUCCCAAAGACCAUAAAGUUUUAGAACCCAUAAAUGUGCAAAGUCAUGGUUUAGUAAAAAGAGGUCUAGGGUUUUAAAAACUUUAAAUGACUACAGUUUUAGCAGUACUAUGGUUUUUUAAAACCAUAAAGUUUGUUGCAUCCAAACAAUUCAUGGUCCUCCAAAACACCAAUAUAUUUCACAAAACCAUGGUGUUUCUCUAAAACUUUAAAAAUACUUCACAUCCAAACAGGGUCUUAGCUUUUGGAAUCCAAGUGAGGGUCAUUACUUGAAGAGUUUCCAGCACCGAUGAAAUGUUCCAUGGCUGAAUUAUGUAUUAAAAAUAUCUCACUAGCUGUUCCUAUUGAUUUAUGUAAUUAUGUUAUUUGUUGGGAUUAAUUGACAGAACUCACUGGAACAUCUCUAACUUAGUUCUUGGUAAUUUUAGUGGAAUUCUUAGUAUUAAAGGAAUUUUAGUUUACAUCAGGAAUCAGCACGUAAGAAAUUAUUUUCAUGUCUAUGGUUACCUCUGGUAAAGAAAUACUGAGUUGACAGUAAGACCGUGCCAUUUUGAUGAUUGGUAGUUAAAGAUGAAAUAUAGGUCCUCAAACAUCUUACUCUAAAAUAUCUAGGGAAACAGUGAUUACUGUUCACUUUGCUUUUGUAACUGUUGACAUGAGCUGCGACCCUAUUGCUUCUUUUUCUGUAUUUUCAUGCAUUGCUGUUCAGAUGCCAAAUGAAAGCGAGAAGUUCUCCACCACAGUUCUUUCAACAAAACUUUUGCUAACAGGUACUCUAAGGCCACUUUCUCUCAUUAAGGUAGUACUGAGUUCAUUGCAUGACUAUGACUUCUGAAGAUGGAGACAUUUUGGCUCUUCUGUCUGAGCCAAGCCUAAAGGAAGAGCAACUUGAGGCUUCUGAAUCUGAUGCUAUGUUUUCUGCAAUUAUGAAAGCCAUUGAAUCAAAUAAGAAUGUAGUUGAAGUUUCACCUGAGGAAGCUGCCUGGGCAGAUUCAUGCUUCGUGCAGACUUCUGAACUGUCAUAUGAUGACUGGGGAGCGAUGAGGAGUAUGCUGCUUGAUGCCCUCGAAAAGCCAACAGAAAGUCCCAGUGAUACUUCAGAAAGUGCACAUAAUGCAAUCUCAGAGGCAAAACCUCACUCCCUUCCUGCUGAAAACAUUUCUGAGCAUGGCGACAUCCACAUGGAGCAAAUAAACAAUACCGAUGAUGACAAGGAUGGUACUGAAGCUUUUGAAAUUGCUGAUGUAAUCAGACGUGUAGACGAUAAUGGUAAGCAAAUUGAUAGUUAUGUAGCAGACGCUGGUGAUGAGUUGGUCCUUGAGCAGACCCAGUCAACAGGUUCUAUAUUUAAGGUUUGGGACCUGGAACUGCCAUUUUCUGAUGAUGAUGAUGAUGGCGAGCUUGAACUCGUCAAGGAUCUGAAGAAGCUUCUCAAGGAGAACAGCCUUCCAGAGGAUAUAUAUCCAACUCUUCCUCCAGAUGAUGCAGCCAAACCCUUGAGCCAGAUAAGCAUCAAUGAAAUUGUGGCGGGCUUGAGCGAUUUAUCAAUACAGCAAGCCCAUGAGUGACUAUUAUUUCUCAAAUAGCUGUGGCACACCUUGGUCGUCCAGGCGAUAUUUUGUUUUGUGCAAAUCACUUGGGUGGUUUAAACAGCAGGUUUAGGCUAACUGUUGUGCUGUCUGUUUUUUCUGUAUACUCGCCGUUUUGAUUUCUGCUUAACUUGAAAUCAGCUAAAAAUGAAGAUGCUUUGGUAGAAUUCGCGUUCUG